CUUAGGGUCCGAUUACAUCCAAACAUAUCCUUAAUUAAAAAAUAACCAAAUUGUGAUCCUAAACGUGGCGAAAAAGUUGAGUGGGCUUUGUAGUCCAAAUAGAAACUUCUCAAAUCAGAAGUAAGUUGCAUGAAAAGACUCUACAAACAGCCCUACCUAAUCCUUCCCCUUUGUUAAAUUCAUUGGCGGGAACCAAACACGUCCCAUCCCGCCAAUUAAAUCCCCACGAUUCAAAAUCACUUCCUUUUCUAUAAGCCCCCAAUUCUUCCACUUCUCACUUCCUUUCUCAAAUCCCUAACCCUAAAUUUCGAAUCUUUCUCCCAAGAAAACAAAAUAAAAAAGAAAAAGAAAUACGAAAAUGCUUGAGCUUAGGCUAGUUCAAGGUUCGCUUCUAAAGAAAGUCUUGGAAGCGAUUAAGGAUUUGGUCAACGAUGCGAAUUUCGACUGUUCGUCGACGGGAUUCUCGUUGCAGGCUAUGGAUUCCAGCCACGUGGCGCUGGUGGCUCUGUUGCUGAGAUCGGAAGGUUUCGAGCACUACCGCUGCGAUAGGAACAUUUCCAUGGGAAUGAAUCUCAAUAACAUGUCCAAGAUGAUGAAAUGUGCCAGUAAUGAUGACAUCAUCACAAUCAAGGCUGAUGACGGUAGCGAUACCGUUACUUUCAUGUUCGAGAGCCCCACACAAGACAAGAUAUCAGAUUUUGAGAUGAAGCUGAUGGAUAUUGAUGGUGAGCACCUUGGAAUUCCAGAGGCAGAGUACCAUGCUAUUGUUAGGAUGCCAUCAGCUGAGUUUGCAAGGAUUUGUAAGGAUCUGGCUAGCAUUGGUGAUACUGUUGUUAUCUCUGUUACCAAGGAAGGUGUGAAGUUUUCCACAAGAGGUGAUAUUGGAACUGCAAAUAUUGUUCUCAGGCAAAAUACCACUGUAGAUAAACCAGAAGAAGCAACAAUUAUAGAGAUGAAUGAGCCAGUAUCACUGACAUUUGCGCUGAGGUACAUGAAUUCAUUUACAAAGGCUACUCCCUUGUCGAAUACAGUGACAAUCAGCUUGUCUUCAGAACUGCCCGUUGUGGUCGAGUACAAGAUAGCUGAGAUGGGUUAUAUCAGGUUCUACUUGGCACCUAAGAUUGAAGAGGAUGAGGAUGAGACUCAGCCACAAGCCUAACUUGUUUUUGACAUGGAUUCUGUUUUACUAGUUCACUAGAAUGUGUUUGAUGUUUUGUGUCAUUAAUGAUCCCUUGAGAGUUCCACUUGAAGCUUUCACCAAGCAGCCAAUCAUUUAGUGAUGGAUGAUAAAUAACAACAUUUCUUUCAUAUGCUUGGAUUGUUAUAAAUGAUGCAAAUCUUUCCUAUUU